AUGCAGAUUAAAUUAGUAAUUGAACAUAUUGAAGAUGACGAAGAAAUUCUUCAAGAUUUAAAUAUUGAUUCUAAAGAUUCAUCUUUAAUUUAUCUUCAAUCAUCCUCAUCGAUAUCAUCAUGGAUUGUUAAUUAUUAUUUUACAAAAAUUUAUUCAAAUGAAAUAAAACUAAUAAAUAAUAAAUAUUUACAACCAAAUAAUAUAAUUGGUUUUUAUGAUAUGUUUAUUAUUUAUCAACUAAUUCAAUCUUCAUCAUUAUUUGAAUUUUUUCAAUUAUGUAAAAAUAAAUUAAAACAAAUUAAAAAUGAUUUAAUACUUGAAAAUUAUAACAAUUAUUUAAAUCGAUGUGGUUUAAUUGAUAUCAUUGAUCUUUUUCAUCAAUUAAAAUUAGAAUCAUUUAUUAAUACAAUUAUUUUAUCGAUUAAUAAUAUUAAAAAUGAUAUUGAUCAAUUAUUUUUCGAAUAUUUAUUAGAAUUAUCAUCAUUAUCAUGUUGUAUUUAUGACGUUAAAACAAAAUUGAUAACAUAUGAAACAAAAGAAAAUUUAUUUAAAUUAAUUGAUAAUAGAAAAAUAUCGAUUGAACAAACAAAUAGAAAAGUGAGUAUUAAUAAAAAAUGUUCCUAUUAA